CCAGAAGUCGGUGAGAAGAUGCUGCAAAUCAGUUCCAGGGGCCUGAGGUUGUUGUUGCGGGACACCCACGGCUUUUCUACACGAUUCAGAGGUUUUGCUGCUUCGGCCUCAGCGCACUCGUACGAUAUGAGAAGAGUCGAAAUAACUCCGCUGGAGCAACGAAAACUCACCUUCGACACCCAUCGUCUUGUGCGAGAUCUAGAAGCCCAUGGGUUUGCAAAAGAACAGGCUGAAACGGUUGUCUCGGCAUUAAUGAGUUUGUCAUCGGUCAGCCUGGACACCGUCUACAAGGAUAUGGUAACACAAGCCCAACAGGAAAUAACUUUGCAACAGAUAAUGUUUCAUCUGGAUUCCAUUCGCAAGGAUAUGGUCAUUCUUGAGAAGAGCGAGUUUGCCAAUUUGAGAGCAGAAAACGAGAAAAUGAAAAUUGAAUUGGAUCAAGUUAAACAUCAGCUAAUGAAUGAAACUAAUCAAAUCAAAGCGGAAAACAAGCUAGACAUCAACUUGGAGAGAAGCAGAGUGACCGAUAUGUUCACAGAUCAGGAAAGAAAGCUGAUGGAAGCCUCAACAGAAUUUCAUAAAAAGGAUUCAAGCACCAGCAGUUCCCUUACAGAAGUCAACAAUAAGAUUGACGCUGAAAUUGCAGCUCUCAAAACACUCAUGGAGUCGAAUAAGCUGGAAACCAUCCGUUACUUAGCAGCCUCUGUUUUCACUUGCCUUGCUAUUGCUUUGGGAUUUUAUCGGUUUUGGAAAUAAGAAGCCCUCCAAUG